CUAUUGCACUGUGCUUGUUCUUCAGAUUUUUUUCCACCUCAUUUCCCCUCUGCCUCCUCCUCAUACCUCAUGCAGGUACUUUUGCCAACUUAUAGAUGGUUUGGAAUACCUGCACAGCCAGGGCAUCGUACACAAAGAUAUCAAACCGGGAAAUCUCCUGCUAACAACCAACGGGACUCUAAAGAUAUCAGAUCUAGGUGUGGCAGAGGCCUUGCAUCCAUUUGCUGAGGACGACAUGUGCCGAACCAGCCAGGGAUCACCAGCUUUUCAACCUCCAGAAAUUGCCAACGGCCUUGAUACCUUUUCUGGCUUCAAAGUAGACAUUUGGUCAGCAGGUGUCACGCUGUAAGUAAAUGCGAAUGCUAAGCAGGACCCAAACUCUUAAU